ACGUAGACCUUUCAUGGCAAUACAAUAAUCACAUUAUCUAUUUAUACAGCUCUCCAUUCAUCAAAAUCUCACUCCAAACAUAAACUUGUUAGAGAGAAACAUCAGAAAUUCAACAGAGCCUUUCGUGUUCUUGUUAGGGAGAGAGACUUUGAAACCUAAGUUUUCUGCUAAAACCAUGUCUGCCACAGGAUCAAUCGUGUCAUACAGAUACAGCUUGAGUAGUGUUUUUCCUGAAACUUCUCGAAGACCUUCAUUCCUUAACCUAAACAACAGGUUAAAUACAUCAGCACCCAUUUAUCAGCAAGAUUUCACUGCGAUUCGCGCAUUAUUUUCCGGUAGAAUAGACAGGAUGGUUCACAGUAAAAAUGGCAAGAGGAACUUUGUUGUCCACAACAGUGUUCAACCAGGAGCUCCAAUCCCUUCUGGAAAGCCUUCAAAUCCUUGGACUUCCUGGUUAUUGGGAAUGUUGUUAUCGAUAGCCUUGCCAUUCUGGAGACAGGGAUUGACUCCAUUACAAGCAUUAAGAAAUAAAGUGGAUACGAUCGUAGAAACUGUUGAAUUAGUCGUCGAUGUGGUGGAGAAGGCAGCCGAGGAAGUGGAAAAGGUUGCAGACGAAGUUGCAGAAAAACUUCCUGAGGGUGGACUCAAAGCUGCCGCGGGUUUGAUCGGAGAUAUUGCGGAAGAAACUGCUAAGGAUGCUCGUAUUGCUGGCGACCUAAUUGACAAGGUGGAGGAGGUGCAGAAAGAGGUUGAAUCCUUCUUUGAAACAGUCAAAAAUCAAGAAAAUGAGGCCCCAAAGGAAGCCAGUGAAAGUAAUUGAAACAGUUUCUGAUCAAUGUGAAUAUUUGAUGUAAAGUCAAAAUUAAGAAACGCGUGAAAACUCUAAUAGUUUAUUAUGAUUGAAUUAUAUUCUUUGUAUUCUUUUGAUUCCCAUAGUCAUAGAUCAAAACAACCUUUAUAAUAUUUUAUGAAUGUAUGACGUGUCCCACCGACAAAAUGAGUAUAUGAACAAUUAUUUUUUUCUCACUUUUUUGAACU